AUGACCGACCUGCUUCAGCUCAUACCUGACUUCCCAGUUGGGCAGUUUGCUGGGCUGUUGCAGAAGUUGGAACGCCACCAAUUUUCCACCACCGACCUUUUGACCCAGGAUGUCGUCGAAAUAGGCAAACGCACCCAGCUGCCUCUGCUCGACAUCAAACGGCUAUGCGCGGCGGUCGUGGACGCCCUCCACCGUGACUUCAACCCCGCGAACCGGCAACCGUCAAACGGCAACCCGUUCCUCAGACGCUCGCUCACAGACCUCGAGAACCAGUGGUCCACAAUCAGCACUCUCGAUGAUGACCUUGACCGAGCCCUGGGGGGAGGGCUUCCGACCGGUUACGUGACCGAGGUCACGGGUGAGAGCGGUGUUGGUAAAACGCAGCUUCUGCUGUCUCUACUGUUGGCUGUCCAGCUGCCACCACCGUACGGCCUGGGCCGCCCCGCCUUAUACAUCACAACGGAAGCACAGCUGUCGACGAUACGCCUCUCCCAGAUGUUAUCGGCCAAUCCUCGCUUUGCGGAUCUGCCGCCCGGGGAUAGGCCGUCUUUGGAUGGCAUUUCCAGCACCUCGACCCCUGAUCUUGAAUCCCAGGAGCACAUUCUCCAGUUCCAGGUCCCCGUCGAGGUCGAGCGCCGCAACACCGGGCUCAUCGUGCUCGACUCCGUGGCCUCCAAUUACCGAGCCGAGUUCGAGCGAGGCCAUGUCAGCAGCCUCGGGUCCAACAUGGGAGCCCGCAGCACCGAGCUGACACGGCUCGGGGCCUUGCUUAGGGAGCUGGCCCAGAAGUACAACCUGGCCGUCGUGGUUGCGAAUCAAGUGGCAGACCGAUUCUCCAGCCCCCUCGUGCCGAUGGCGACCCCUAGGAUGGCGCAUCCCCCCGGCGGCGACGGGUCCACUCAGGAAAGCCCGCUGGCGUCACGGAGCAGGGGGCCGAGAGCCUUCUCACCUUCAGCCGUCGAGCCGACGUCGUCCAUAGCCGAACAUGUCCGGUCCAGCAUGCCCGAACCCUCAGGUCCGGAUGACCUCGGCCCGCCCGCGCCUCCCGCGCUAGCGUUGGACCACCAGCAACGGUGGUUCACGGGAUGGGGCGACGAUCCGUUCGCCGACUACGGACUCAAGACGCCCAGCCUGGGUCUGAUCUGGUCGUCGCAGAUUGCGUACCGCAUUGCGCUGUUCAAAAAGCCCGUGUAUGGAGUGCAUCGACAUAUCGAGGACGAGGCCGACGAACGGGGGGUGCCGGCGCUGAAGAACUGGCGUCGGUGGAUGAAGGUAGUCUUCGCUCCCCACACGAAGGCGACAGGCCAGGGCCUGGACGGCGCUGUCGAGUUCGCCGUGACGAUGGCAGGGCUGAAAGCCGUCACCAAGAAAAAGGCGGAUGAUGACUGA